AUGAAAUCAAGACCUUAUUUUACAUAAUUGUAGGUUAGAUUAUAAAAAAAUUAUAAGACAAGGAAGUAUUUCAAAAAUUAUUCUUUCUUUAUAUUCAUAAAAUAAAGACUUAGUAUAAUAACUAAUUCAUUUUGGAUUAAAUUCCAUAUUUUUUUUGAAAAUAAAUAUAUUCUAUUAUGUAAGUGUUAUUAUGAAAUGAGAUAAACAAAAUUAAAAUAAAAAAAACAAGGUUUUUACAUAAUUAUAUUACAAAAAAAAAAGUGAGGAAUACUUAAUAAUCAGUAAUUCUAAUUAGUUUUUAAAAAUACAAGCAAUGAUAAAAAGAUUCUGUGAGUGAGAAUUUUUUCAAUAAAGAUAAAUUAAUCGAAUAAAGAGGCUUUCUUCUUAUAGUUUAAAAUUGUAAUGUAAGAAAUUUAUUAUCAAAUAGAAUCAAGAGUUGAAUUGUAUUUUGUAAAUCGACAAGAGAUAAAUUAUAACUAAAUUAGAUAAAGAACAAUUUUAUAAUAGUAUUAUUAUAAUGAAUAAUAAUCUCAGUAGUGAAUAAACAAAUAUUGUUAAAAUUUAUGAAGAAAAAUACAUGUACUUUUUAUUUAUGAAAUAUUCAAAAUUUUAAUUAUUAGAAUCUUUGCUUUUACAUGAUUUUUAAUUUAGAGUAGCCUCAUUAGUAUGUAUAAUCUAUUUAAUUCUUUAAAAUUUUCUAAAAUAUAAAAAUUCAGGAAUAUACCAUGGAAAUAUUAACUUUAAAUCAAUCUAUAUUAAUAUGUCAGGUGCCUUUUUAUAAAUUAUCAUUUUAUUUCCAAAAUAUUUGAAGAAUAAUAACAAAAGCAUAUCUCUUGACUUGCUAAAUUUAGGAUAAUUACUUUAUUAAAUAACAUUUUAUGAAAUAAAGGAUAAAAUUAAAUAAUUUUUAGAUCUAAAACUGAUAACAUAAUAAAAAUAAUUAUUUUAACAUAUGAAUACAGAAAAUAAGCGAUUUAAAUUUUUAUUUAGAAUUAGUUAGUGA